AGACUUUGCAAGCAAGUGCCUUUAACCGCUGGGCCAUCUCCCCAGCCUGAACUCAACAUUUAGAUGUCGUCUCCUAGAUGACAUCACCCAAAACUCUUCAAGUGCUUUCAGGUGUCAGGGUGAAGAUGGAUGACAGGAUCUACCCAGUGAUCUUCCCAGAUGAGCGCAACUUCCGCCCCUUCACGUCUGAGUCCCUGGCCGCAAUCGAAAAGCGGCUGGCCAUCCUCAAGGAGAAAAGGAAGUCCAAAGACAAGGCAGCGGCCGAGCCCCACCCUCGACCGCAGCUUGACCUGAAGGCCUCCAGGAAGUUACCCAAGCUUUAUGGCGACAUACCCCCGGAGCUGGUAGGGAAGCCGCUGGAAGACCUGGACCCAUUCUACAGAGCUCAUAAGACGUUCAUGGUGUUGAACAAGAAGAGAACAAUCUACCGCUUCAGCGCCAAGCGCGCCCUGUUCAUCCUGGGGCCUUUCAACCCCAUCAGAAGUUUGGCCAUUAGAAUCUCCGUCCAUUCGCUGUUCAGCAUGCUUAUCAUCUGCACCGUGGUGGUCAACUGCAUGUUCAUGGCUCUGUUUUCGGACAAAAGUGUUGAGACUAACAUUGCUGAAUACGUCUUCACUGGGAUUUAUAUUUUAGAAGCCUUUAUUAAAAUACUGGCGAGAGGUUUUAUCCUGGAUGAGUUUUCUUUCCUCCGAGACCCGUGGAACUGGCUGGACUUCGUUGUCAUUGGAACAGCGAUUGCAACGAAUUCCCCAGGUAUCAAGAUCAACCUGUCGUCCCUGCGUACCUUCCGAGUGUUCAGAGCACUGAAAGCGAUUUCGGUGGUUUCAGGCCUGAAGGUUAUCGUGGGGGCCCUUCUGCGCUCCGUGAAGAAGCUCGUUGAUGUCAUGAUCCUCACCAUCUUUUGCCUCAGCAUCUUUGCCUUGGUAGGGCAGCAGCUCUUCAUGGGCAAUCUGAACCUGAAAUGCAUCAGGGCGAACUGUAGCACCAUCCCCGAACCUAACGAGUAUUGCCUUGAAAAAGAAAAAGAUUCCAAAGAAUUCAUAAUGUGUGGCAAGUGGCUUGGCAGCAGACCCUGUCCCAAUAAUUCUGUAUGCAACCACACCAGAUUUAAUCCAGACUAUAAUUACACGAAUUUUGACAACUUCGGCUGGUCUUUUCUUGCUAUGUUCCGGCUUAUGACUCAAGACUCCUGGGAGAAGCUUUACCGACAGACGCUGCGCACCUCCGGGCUCUAUUCCGUCUUCUUCUUCGUGGUUGUCAUCUUCCUGGGCUCUUUCUACCUGAUUAACUUGACCCUGGCCGUCGUCACCAUGGCUUACGAGGAGCAGAACAGGAACGUAGCUGCAGAGACGGAGGCCAAAGAAAAGAUGUUCCAGGAAGCCCAGCAGCUGUUAAAGGAGGAGAAGGAGGCUCUGGUUGCCAUGGGAAUUGACAGGAGUUCACUAAAUUCCCUUCAAGCAUCAUCCUUUUCCCCAAAAAGGAGAACAUUUUUUGGUAAGAAGAAAAGGAACUCCUUCCUUAUGAGACGGCCGAGGAAAGACCAGCCUUUGGAGUCAGAUUCGGAUGAAGAUUCCUCUAAAAACCCACAACUCCUGGAGCAAACCAAACGACUGUCUCAGAACCUGCAGGUGGACCUGUUUGAUGAGCACGCAGACCCCUUCCAAAGACAGAGGGCGCUGAGUGCAGUCAGCAUUAUAACCAUCACCAUGCAGGAGCAGGAAAAAUCACAGGAGCCUUGUCUUCCAUGUGGGGAAAACCUGGCAGCCAAGUACCUGGUGUGGGACUGUAGCCCGCGGUGGCUGUGCAUAAAGAAGGGCCUGAGGACUGUGGUGAGCGACCCCUUCACAGAGCUGGCCAUCACCGUCUGCAUCGUGAUCAACACCAUUUUCUUGGCCCUGGAGCACCACAACAUGAAAGACGACUUCAGCUCCAUGCUGAGGACAGGAAACUGGGUUUUCACUGGCAUUUUUAUAGCAGAAAUGUGCCUAAAAAUCGUCGCACUGGACCCCUACCACUACUUCCGCCAUGGAUGGAAUAUUUUUGACAGCAUUGUUGCUAUUCUGAGUCUUGCUGAUGUGCUCAACAGCGUGCCAGAUAAAAAGAAUCGCUCAUUUUUGGCUUCCUUCAGAGUGCUGAGGGUCUUCAAGCUGGCCAAGUCCUGGCCAACGCUGAACACGCUCAUCAAGAUCAUCGGUCACUCCGUGGGCGCGCUGGGCAACCUGACCGUCGUGCUGGCCAUCGUCAUCUUCAUUUUCUCGGUGGUUGGCAUGCAGCUCUUCGGUGCCAAGUUCUGUUCCAGGCGGAGUAACCAGCCCUGUGGAGCGGAUGGGCAGUGCCUGCGGCGCUGGCACAUGGGGGAUUUCUACCACUCCUUCCUCGUGGUGUUCCGCAUCCUGUGCGGGGAGUGGAUCGAGAACAUGUGGGAAUGCAUGCAGGAGGUGGAUGAGUUUCCGCUCUGCAUUAUCGUCUUCCUGUUGAUCAUGGUGAUAGGAAAACUUGUGGUGCUCAAUCUCUUCAUUGCCCUGCUGCUGAAUUCCUUCAGCAAUGAGGAGCGCUACGGAAACGUUGACGGAGAGGACAGGAAAACCAAAGUCCAGCUGGCCCUGGAUCGCUUCCGCCGAGCUUUUUCUUUUAUGGUUCGCAGUCUUAGGAAUUCCUGUUGCAAGAGAUGCAGGAGGAGAAACGUAUCAAUACAAGAAGAGAAAGCAGAAAGCUUUGCCUUGGGGAGUAAAGACAUUAUUCUCCUAGACGGCAAGCCCCUGGAAGAGCUUGGUGCAAAACAAGCCGCAAGUGGCAGGGAUGACUGGACUCGGCUGGCCCCACUUGCAGAGGAAGAGGAUGAUGCGGAGUGUGCUGAGGAGCCUGGCAGCCUGCCCCGCGCACAGCACGGCAGAGGGGUGAAUGCUGGAUCUCUCCCUCCUGAGACCAAGCAGCACACUGGCCCAGAAGACCACGGUGCAGAACAAGACAUGUUUUCUGAAGAAGAUGCCCACUUGAACAUACAGAGUUCCCGAAAGAAGUCCGAUGCUCAAAGCGUGCUCUCAGAAUGUAGCACCGUGGAUCUGCAGGAUGCCUUGGGACAUUUACAGAGCAUGGCUCCCCAGAAAAAGCAACCUGAGAGGUGUUUGCCCAAAGGCUUCAGUUGCCCCUUUCUGGGCUGCAGCAGGGACAAGAGGAAGUCCCCCUGGGCCAUCUGGUGGAACCUGCGGAAAACUUGCUACCAGAUCGUGAAGCACAGUUGGUUUGAGAGCUUCAUUAUCUUUGUGAUCCUGCUGAGCAGUGGGGCUCUGGUUUUUGAAGACGUGAAGCUUGCUGACCGACCCCGCAUCAGAGAACUGCUCAUGUACACCGACAAGAUGUUCACGUUCAUCUUCAUCCUGGAGAUGUGUCUGAAAUGGGUGGCCUUUGGAUUUAGGAAGUAUUUCACCAGUGCCUGGUGCUGGCUCGACUUCCUCAUUGUCAUUGUCUCUGUGGUCAGUCUCAUGAACUUAAAAAGCUUGAAGUCCUUCCGGACCCUGCGAGCGCUGAGGCCCCUGCGGGCGCUGUCCCAGUUUGAAGGAAUGAAGGUGGUGGUCAACGCUCUCAUAAGCGCCAUUCCUGCCAUUCUGAAUGUCUUGCUUGUCUGCCUCAUUUUCUGGCUCAUAUUUUGUAUCCUGGGAGUAAACUUCUUCUCUGGAAAGUUUGGAAGAUGUGUUGUUGGAACAGAUAUCAACAAAUAUAUAAAUUAUACCAUCAUUUCAAACCAAGAACAAUGUAAAAGUGGAAAUUACUCCUGGAUGACCCCGAAUGUUAACUUUGACAAUGUAGGAAAUGCUUACCUCUCUCUACUGCAAGUGGCAACAUACAAGGGCUGGCUGGACAUUAUGAAUGCAGCUGUCGAUUCCAGAGGGAGAGGCGAGCAGCCGGACUUCGAGGCGCAUACCAGUGCCUAUAUCUAUUUCGUGGUUUUCAUCAUCUUUGGCUCUUUCUUCACCCUGAACCUCUUCAUUGGGGUCAUCAUUGACAACUUCAACCAACAGCAGAAAAAGAUAAGUGGCCAAGACAUCUUUAUGACCGAAGAACAGAAGAAAUAUUACAACGCAAUGAAAAAAUUAGGAACCAAAAAACCUCAAAAGCCCAUCCCAAGGCCUCUGAACAAAUGUCAAGGUCUCGUAUUUGACCUGGUCACCAGCCAGGCCUUUGACAUCUUCAUCGUGAGUCUCAUCGUCCUGAACAUGGUGAUCAUGAUGACGGAGACUGACAGGCAGUCGGAUGGCAUGCGGUCAAUCUUGGAUUGGCUCAACAUAGCCUUUGUGGUCAUCUUUUCAGUAGAAUGUCUCAUCAAAAUCUUUGCUUUGAGACAGUACUACUUCACCAACGGCUGGAAUUUAUUUGAUUGUGUGGUCGUGAUUCUCUCUGUCAUUAGUACCAUGGUUUCGGUGCUGGAGCACAGCGACAUCGCUUUCCCGCCCACCCUGUUCCGGAUCGUGCGCCUGGCCCGCAUCGGGCGCAUCCUGCGGCUGGUGCGCGCGGCGCGCGGGAUCCGCACGCUGCUCUUUGCGCUCAUGAUGUCGCUGCCGUCGCUGUUCAACAUCGGCCUGCUGCUCUUCCUCGUCAUGUUCAUCUACGCCAUCUUCGGCAUGAACUGCUUCUCCCGGGUGGAGCCGGCGCAGGGCAUCGACGACAUCUUCAACUUCGAGACGUUCUCGGGCAGCAUGCUGUGCCUCUUCCAGAUCAGCACGUCGGCCGGCUGGGACGCGCUGCUCAGCCCCAUGCUGCGCUCCCGAGCCCGGCCCGCGCCCUCCCCGGACACCUGCCGGCCCGCCGUGGCCGUGGCCUACUUCGUCAGCUACAUCAUCGUCUCCUUCCUCAUCGUGGUCAACAUGUACAUCGCCGUGAUCCUGGAGAACUUCAACACGGUCACGGAAGAGAGCGAGGACCCGCUGGGCGAGGACGACUUCGACAUCUUCUACGAAACCUGGGAGAGGUUCGACCCCGAGGCCACGCAGUUCAUCGCCUACUCGGCGCUGUCCGACUUCGCCGACGCCCUGCCCGAGCCCCUGCGCGUGGCCAAGCCCAACAAGUUCCAGUUCCUGCUCAUGGACCUGCCCGUGGUCAGCGGCGACCGCCUGCACUGCAUGGACGUCCUCUUCGCCUUCACCACGAGGGUGCUCGGCGACUCCAGCGGGCUGGACACCAUGAAGGCGAUGAUGGAGGAGAAGUUCAUGGAAGCCAAUCCUUUCCGGAAGCUGUACGAGCCCAUCGUCACCACCACCAAGAGGAUGGAGGAGGAGAGGGGGGCCGCCGUCAUCCAGAAGGCCUUCCGGAGGUACCGGCUGGAGGUGGCCAAGAAGGCCGCCGAAGACAGGCCGCCGUCACCGCUGCAGACGCUCUGCAACGGGGACCUGUGCAGCUCCGAAGUGCCCAAGAUCAAGGUUCACCGUGACUGA